CGGUGAUUGGCCGAGACUUGUCCUGGGCGUGCGCACAACCGCGACUUCCUCCCCUAAAUUUUAAAAAAUUCAACAAAAAUACUUGACAGGUGGAAAACUUAGAAAUAUAAAACUUCCCAAGAAAACUCUGAGAAACUUCGCCGAAAGAAAACGGCCGGGAAAUCUCGCAAAAAUCGUCCGUUUUUCGGCGUCGCGAGGCGGGGUGGGGUUGCACUACGUCAGCCAUGUCGGGGUUCAUAGCGGGAGGCGAAGCCCUGAUGCCCGCGGCGGGGAAAAAGCAGGCGAAGAAGCGGACGACUCGCUCGGACCGGCUCGACAGAACCUCCGAGACGGACGAAAGUCACAGCUCGCCUGCGAGAGCACAGAGAGGAGCAAGCUCUGCUUCACCCAGUAAAGGUGCCAGGUCCAAGACUGCAGGCAGCAUGGCCGCAGGGGUGAACGGACUCAAGGUCAAGGUCAAGGAGGAGGCGCAGGAAGGAGAGCUGUGGAAUCUUGACACGACAAAGGAACUGUUGGACAGGAUCGGUAAAGUUUUGCCGCCAGACGACAUGGUAAAGUUCAAAACCAGGGAGGAGCGGAUGGACUGGUCUGAUGUGGCGUUCGGAGGCUUUACAGGCGAACAGUGCAAGGAGAAGUGGCAGAAAAUCUCAAAUGAGAUUCGAAAGUUCCGCACCAUGUCAGAGCUCAUAGCCGAUGCGAAGGAAUGGCUGAAGAAUCCGUUCGACAACAAAAAGAAACCAGAGAAGCUCUACCCAGACCUGCCUAAGAAGCCGUUGACGCCGUACUUCCGCUACUUCCUUGAGAAACGUAAGAAGUACGCCGAGAGUCACCCAGAGAUGGACACGGUAGAGGUCACUAAAAACCUCUCUCAGAAGUUCAAGCAGCUACCGGAGCGAAAGAAGGCCAAAUACAUGCAGCAGUAUCUGAAAGAAAGGGAAGAAUAUGAAGCCAACAUGGUCAGAUUCAGACAAGAGCACCCAGACUUUGCAGAAGAAGAGAUGAAGAAGAAAGGGAAGACAGACGAACCCACCAAACCAAAGACUCCUGUCCAGAUGUUCAUAUUACGUAAUUUUCAGGCCAAAUACAUGCAGCAGUAUCUGAAAGAAAGGGAAGAAUAUGAAGCCAACAUGGUCAGAUUCAGACAAGAGCACCCAGACUUUGCAGAAGAAGAGAUGAAGAAGAAAGGGAAGACAGACGAACCCACCAAACCAAAGACUCCUGUCCAGAUGUUCAUACAAGAAAAGGUGGAUGACUACAUGAAGGCCCACCCCAACGGCAACAAGCGGGAGGCAACGGACGCCCUGCGGAAACAGUGGAACGCUCUGACGGACGGGAAGAGAAUCAAGUGGAUCAACAAGGCUCUAGGGGUGCAGAAAAAAUACACCGCUGAGAUGGAACAGUACAUGAAGGACCAUCCUGACUUCGAGGUUUCGGCUCCCAGGCCGCUGCUGACCAAGGCAGAGAGAAAACUCAAGGAGAAGAGCGAGGGGCGACCGGACAAACCUCCGCCGAAUGGCUACAGUCUGUUCUGUCAGGAGCUAAUGUUGAAGCUGACAGACGUCCCUAACAAGGAGCGCAUGCAGGAGUGCAGCCGGCGCUGGAAAACCAUGUCUCAGAAGGAGAAGGACGGGUACCAGAAAAAGGCAGAGGAGUUGAAGACCAGCUUUGAGUUUGACUUCCAGAGGUACUUAGAAACCCUAUCCCCAGAGGACAAAGAACGGGUGCUAGCUGAAGAGAAGGGAAAUACUAAAGCCAAACCUGCCGCAGAGGAAAACGGCCAGGCCACAACAACUAGAUCCUCCACAGCAAAAGCACAGGCAACCUCAGCAUCCGUUGCCACCCCGGACAGACCAAAGCGCCCGAUUUCGGCCGUGUUCUUCUACCAGCAAGAGAAGCGGCAGAAGCUACGUGAGAAAUACCCGUCCCUCUCCAACCAAGAAAUCACCCGCAUGCUGGCUCGCAAGUGGAGCGAACUCUCAGACAAGAAGAAGGAGAAAUACAAGAAGAUGGAGGAAGAGGCACGAGGAGAGUAUGAAGAACAGAUGCAGUCAUUCCUCAAAGCGAACCCAGACUACAUGCGAGACGGGAAUGCCGGCAUGAUGAAGAAGAAACCUCCUCCCUCGGAGGCCAGGACGGCCAUGGAGCUGUGGCGGGAGGACAAGAUGGAGAGCUAUGUGUCCAGAUACAGGAAUGACAGAAAGCGUGCGACAGACGCCCUGACAGCGGAGUGGGAAAAACUGCCCAAGAGAGAGAAGCAGCCGUGGCUACAGGCAGCUGCUGAGGACAAGAAGAGAUAUGAGAGAGAGCUAGCAGAGUAUGAGAAGCAGACCAAGACUGGAAAUAGCAGCACGAGCAACAAAACCGGAAAGCUGUUUGAGGGGGAACCAAAAAGGCCUCCCACGUCCGGCUAUCAGCUACUUUCCAUGGAGCUUCUCGGCAAGUUGACGGAUCUGGACCACCGAGAGAGGAUGUCAGAGAUUGGGCGACGAUGGAAGGCUAUGAGUGAUAAGGAGCGUGCGGCGUACAACCAGCGUAGCCAGGAGCGUAUGCAGCAGUACCAUAGGGACCUCCACGCCUGGUUAGAUAACCUUCCAACAGACAUUAGAGAAAGAUAUGAACAACUCCACCCCAGCAUUGGCAAGAAGAGAAAGCGUGAGGCCAACAGUCCGCUCUUCGCCAAGAUGAUCAAGAAAGAGAAGGAGGAAGCCUCAGAGGAAGAGUCAGAAUCCGAGGGUUCGGAUGAGGAUGACGAAGAGGAAUCUGGUGACGAGGGAUCGGGAAACGAGGGGUCCGGAUCUGGAUCUGGAUCAGGCUCCGAGUCCGAAGGCAGCGAAUCCGGAUCAGAAUCUGGAUCUUCCAGCGAAGAGGAAGACAACGAAUCCGGAUCAGGAGGAGAGGAUGAAGAAGAGGAAGGAAGUGGUGACGAAGAAGAGGCGGAAAAAAGUAGUUCCAGCAGCUCCGAGUCUGAGUCAAGUAGUUCAGGGUCUGAGUCAGAAUCUGAGGAGGAGUGAUUUGGCCCCCAGACUGAGUGAUUCGGUUCGAAACUGAGUGAUUAGGCUCUCACUGGAAUGGUCUGUGAUGGAAUCCAGGCGUUCGCAGGGAAUUUUUGAAUAGCUAAUCAAUUUAAGGUCAAACUUUUUCCUACAUUUUUUGGGCGGCGCCGAUUUAUUUUGUUGGUUCUUGGAUAUUCUUGAGCAAAAAUUUUGCAUGAUAACAGAAAGCUGGAGAAACUUGUACCUGAUUUAGAUUUGUUCCCAGAAAUUCUGUUUCAAACAAGUUGCAAGUUUCCCAGACACUGU